ACAACUCUGAAUGCCAACAAAUUGUUGAAUUUAUUUGCAAACGAUGUUCGAGUGGCGACAGCGGCUGUGCCGCACUUGUGGCACCCACAUAGAUAAAUCGAGUGCCACCCCACUCUUUGAGGGGGAGAACUACCCCAUGGUCAUUAUAAUUGAAAACAUCACUAUGUCCUAUUUGGAGAAGGAACAUGAUAUGCCAGAGCUCAUAUGCCAAGGUUGCAAGCGGGACCUCGAGAGGUUCCUGGAAUUUCGGACAAAGUUCAUGGCCACCAAUGAGUUUCUGCAGUACAAAAGGAACGAACUCCAACUGCAGGAAUUUGACAGCGCCAAUGAUCUCGUCGCUGCCGUUAAUAUCGAGGAUAAAGAGAUAGCCAGCGAGCCACAGGUUGCCGAGGAUAAUGAGACGUACGAUGAGCCGCUGCUCGCAGUUAAACACGAAGAUAAUACACUGGAAAACGAAGCUGUUGUUGGUGGGGGUAAAGAUAAGGAGCCGCCGCUCACAACCAUUAAUGUCGAGGAUAACACGAUGGACGACGAUGCCGAAGAGCCGCUGCUCACCGCCAUUAAUGUCGAGGAUAACACAUUGGACAACGAUGCUGUGGCAUCGCUGCUCGCCGCCGUUAAUAUCAAAGAUAAAGAAAUGGACGACAAUGUCGAAUAUAAAGCGAUGGACGAUUAUGCUGUGGAGUAUCUGGUCAGCGCCGAUGAAGUCAUAGACAACCAUGUGGAUGUCUCGCCGCCUCUCGUUCCACCCGAUAAAGGCGAAGAAGAAAGGGAUGAGAACGGUAAUAAGCACAUCGCGGUGGAAACUCAAUCCUCCACUCUUACCAUCAAAAGGAAACACAAAAGGAAACCCAGGCAACGGAAGAAGAGUAACAAAACUUGGAUCUGUCACAUUUGCGAGGGAGAGUUCAAGUGCUCGACGUACUUUAAAUUGCACAUUAUGCGGCAUUCGGGCAACAAGCAAAUCGAGUGCGACAUUUGCCAUGCCAGAUACUACACGAAGCCCGAAAUGCGACGUCACAGGAUCCUGCAUACGGAUGCACGACCCUAUGCCUGCCGCUUUUGCGACAAAACUUUUCGCGGCUGCAGCAGCAAGGCUGUGCAUGAGAGGAGUCAUACCAACGAGCGUCCUUUUUCGUGCCAAUACUGUGACGAGACGUUCAGAUCCAGCGCCACACGUCGCAUGCACGAAUUGGUACAUACCAACAGCCGCAACUAUCACUGCGAGCCGUGCGAUCAGUCGUUUCUGCGCUCCUCCCACUUGACGCUUCACAAGAGAAGCAAGCUCCACAAACGCCAAGUGGCUGGCGCCAUGGACGACUAACGGGAUGAGCGACACAAACCUGGGCUAAGC